CAGUCACUGGCACCAGCUGAAAUGGCGCAGCCAGAAAAUCAACUGGACAGAGAGAGAUUCUGCUGUUCGAUCUGUGUGGAUCUUAUGAAGGAUCCGGUGACUACUGGCUGUGGACACAGCUACUGUAUGAGCUGUAUUAACACCCACUGGGACAAAGAGCAGGAGAGAGGAAGCUACAGCUGCCCUCAGUGUAGACAGACCUUCACACCGAGGCCUGUCCUGGGGAAAAACACUAUGUUAGCUGAUUUAGUGGAGGAGCUGAAGAAAGCUGGACUCCAAGCUGCUCCUGCUGAUCACUGCUAUGCUGGACCUGAAGAUGUGGCCUGUGAUGUCUGCACUGGGAGAAAACUGAAAGCUCUCAAGUCCUGUUUGGUUUGUUUGGCCUGUUAUUGUGAAAAACACCUCCAGCCUCAUCUUCAGUCAGUUCCAUUGAAGAAGCACAAGCUGGUGGAGCCCUCGGAGAAGCUCCAGGAGAACAUCUGCUCUAAUCACGAUGAGGUGAUGAAGAUGUUCUGCCGCACUGAUCAGCAGUGUAUCUGUUAUCUCUGCUCUGUGGAUGAACAUAAAGACCACGACACAGUGUCAGCUGCAGCAGAAAGGACUGAGAGGCAGAGAGAGCUCGGGCUGAGGAGACAAACAAUCCAGCAGAGAGUCCAGGACACAGAGAAAGACCUGAAGAUGCUUCAACAGGAGGAGGAGGCCGUCAAUGGCUCUGCUGAUAAAGCAGUGGAGGACAGUGAGGAGAUCUUCACUGAGCUGAUCCGUCUGCUGGAGAAAAGAAGCUCUGAUGUGAAGCAGCAGAUCAGAUCCCAGCAGGAAACUGAAGUGAGACGAGUCAGAGAGCUUCAGGAGAGACUGGAGCAGGAGAUCACUGAGCUGAAGAGGAAAGAACGUGAACUGAAGCAGCUCUCAGACACAGAGGAUCACAACCAGUUUCUACACAACUACCCCUCACUGUCACCACUCAGUGAAUCUACACACUCAUCCAACCACAGGAUCCGUCCUCUGAGGAACUUUGAGGACGUGACAGCAGCUGUGUUACAGGUCAGAGGUCGACUGGAAGACAUUCUGAGUGAGACAGGGACACAGAUUUUACAGAUUGUGUCUCAAGUGGAUAUUUUACUGCCACGACCAGAGCCAGAGACCAGAGCUGACUUCUUCAAAUAUUCACAGGAAAUCACACUGGAUCCAAACACAGCAAACAAACGUGUGUUAUUAUCUGAGGGAAACCGAAAAGUAACAGUAUUGAGAGAAGAACAGUCUUAUUCUAAUCACCCUGACAGAUUCACUUAUUGGCCUCAGGUUAUUAGUAGAGAGAGUCUGACUGGACGUUGUUACUGGGAGAUGGAGGUGGAGCAGGGGAUGAUAGCACGAGUUGGUGUGGCAGUCACAUACAAGAAUAUCAGCAGAGCAGGAAACUCAGAGGAAUGUGAAUUUGGAUACAAUGAUAAAUCUUGGUCAUUAUCUUGUUAUGGAACCAGAUAUAUCUUUCAUUACAACGGGAUCAGGACUCCUGUGUCUGGUCCUCGUUCCUCCAGAGUAGGAGUGUACCUGGAUCACAGUGCAGGUGUUCUGUCCUUCUACAGCGUCUCUGACACCAUGACUCUCCUCCACAGAGUCCAGACCACAUUCACUCAGCCUCUCUAUGUUGGAGUUAGGGUUUAUUCUUAUAGAUCCACAGCUGAGUUCUGUAAACUCAAAUAGAUGUUGAGUCAUUGAAGGCAGUGAUUUAGAUUCUGUGUUUAAAUCUUUAACUUAUUUUGUUGUUGUUGUCUGUUUGUUGAUCAAAGUUCGCAGUAUUGACGUUUCUGCUCUGCACAGAGAUCACCUGUCAAUCCAACACUGACCUUCCUUUAUCACAAAUAUUUAGUUCUAACUUUGUAAAGACCGAAAUCUAUAAUUACACUGAAAGGAAUUUGUUGGUAAGAACUAAUAUUGCUGUUGUUUUCUAAAUCAAUGUAGAAAUAAGGUUCUGUGAUGUUUUAGAUCCUGUAUUGAUCCUGAUCUUCAUCAAUGAGCUGAUUAUUUGUUCUUUUCUUUUCCACAUGUGAGAUGGAGCUGAAACAAACUGAGUGUGUGUUUCCAUGAAAUCACUGAUGAAGGUCACAUUGUAAACGUGGAACCUGUUUGAUUUUAUCACGGCUCAUCUCUGUAAAGUGUGAAUUCAUGGGCAUAUUUAUCUGCUGCUGGGUAUGUUUCUGUUCUUUUUGGUUUUCCUGAUCUGAACUAGCAGUUCCAUUGGAGAGUGUCCUGAUCGAGUCCCUCUGAGGGUUUAUCCUGGGGCUCUCAUCACACGUGUUUCUUAUACAUGUGAUUAUACAUUUAAAUCUCUUAUAUAUGUAUAAAGCAAUACAAAUCUUAUGUUUGAAGAAGCUGAAAGUUGAAAUAAAGAAUAAAUCCAG